CUUUUAAUAAUGCGUAAUCAAUUUGCACUUCAAAAAAUCACUAUAGAGAGGUGGGAGAAGAGUGGAAGAAUUUGGGAGGCAGACGAACAAGAACAAAAGCAUCAAAGUCGAUGCUUUACUCCAUUGCCUGCUCCCUGAUACUCUCAAGUCUCAUUCACCGCCAUCGUUAACUAUCUCAAUUUCAUUUCUCUUCUCAAUUUCAAUCCCAAUCUCAAACUCAAUCUCAAUUUCAAUCUCAAUUGUAGAAAAGAAAGGAAGAGCCCUUGUUAAUAAAUCUCGCGAUCAGUACUUGUUCAUGGUUUCUCCUUAGAUCAAUUCUCAUUAUGGCCAAUUACUUAGCGCAAUUUCAAGCUAUCAAAAAUACAUGCGAUCAUCUUGUCGUUGCUGUCGAAGAUGUGAGUAAUCUGUGGCCCAAUGUCAAAAGUUUGUUUGAGGAGCGACUUCCCUUUAUGAAGGCUUGUUUAAAUAACAAGACUCGAAAUCCUGUGUUUUUGGACAAAUUACCAGCUGAAUAUAUCUUGACCACAGACUCAAGGCUACGCAGUCGCUUUCCACAGGAACAAUCACUAUUUUGGUUUCGAGAACCAUAUGCUACUGUGGUUCUGGUUACUUGUGAGGAUCUUGAUGAGUUCAAAUCCAUCUUGAAACCUCGAGUGAAAUUGAUUGUUCAAAAUGAUGAGAAGGAGUGGUUCAUUGUAUUUGUGAAUAGAGCUCACCCCAGCAAUGAUCAAGCUAACAAGAUGGCAAAAAAGGUAUAUGCCAAGGUGGAGGUUGAAUUCAGCUCCAAAAAGAGGGAAAGGUGUUGUAAGCUGGAUAUACAUGGACCUGAAGCAAAUUUCUGGGAAGACUAUGAAUCCAAGAUUAUGGAGUGUAUACGUAAUACACUGGAUAGACGGGUUCAGUUUUACGAGGAAGAGAUUCGAAAGCUGAGUGAGCAACGCUUUAUGCCAAUCUGGAACUUCUGUAACUUCUUUAUACUAAAGGAAAGCUUGGCUUUUAUGUUUAAGAUAGCUCAUCUUCAUGAAGAUUCCUUACGUGAAUAUGAUGAGCUAGAACUUUGUUAUUUGGAAACAGUUAAUAUGAGUGGAAAGAGAAGGGAGUUUGGUGGAAUAGACCAAGGAGAUGAUCAAGCUGCACUGCUAAAUCCUGGAAUCAAACCACUGGCACAAAUCGUUCAAGAUGAUUCUUUUAGAGAGUUUGAGUUCCGCCAGUAUCUUUUUGCUUGUCAAGCAAAGCUUCUCUUCAAAUUGAGUCGGCCUUUUGAGGUAGCUUCUAGGGGUUAUUCCUUUAUCAUAAGCUUCUCAAAGGCUCUGGAAUUCUAUGAGAGCAUACUACCAUUUUGUUUGCGUGAAGUUUGGGUUAUAACUGCUUGCUUGGCUUUGCUCAAUGCCACUGCUGCAAACUACAAAGAUGGACUGGUAGCCCCUGAUGUUGAAAAAGAGUUCUAUCGACUUCAGGGUGAUCUCUUUUCAUUGUGCAGGGUCAAGUUUAUGAGGCUUGCAUUUCUCAUAGGAUAUGGAACAGAUAUUGAAAGAAGUCCUGCAAAUAGUGCUUCCCUCAGCAUGCUACCAUGGCCCAAACCAGCAGUUUGGCCCUCAGUUCCUGCUGAUGCUACUUCAGAAGUUUUAGAAAAAGAAAAGAUGAUUCUUCAAGCAGGUCCAACAGUAAAACACUUUGGCAUCCAGAGGAAACCAUUGCCACUUGAGCCCUCCGUUCUUCUCCGUGAAGCUAACAGAAGAAGGGCUUCUUUAUCUGCUGGAAAUAUGUUUGAAAUGUUUGAUGGACAGUCUAACUUUGAUGAUGGCUCAGAAGUUUCAGUAUUUGCAAAUACUCCUAGCAGAGCUCCUGCAUCAUCCAUGCCGCGGACUAAUUCUACUCCAGGAAACUUUGAAGGGUCUAUUGAUCGACCUAUGAGGCUGGCGGAGAUCCAUGUUGCCGCUGAGCAUGCUUUAAGGAAAACAAUUUCUGAUUCAAACUUGUGGAAAUCUUUAUCGUCUAUCGAAGAUUUUGAGGAAAAGUACUUGGAAUUGACAAAGGGAGCUGCUGAAAAUUACCACCGCUCCUGGUGGCGAAGACAUGGAGUUGUUCUUGAUGGUGAAAUUGCUUCUGUGUGCCAUAAACAUGGUAAUUAUGACCUUGCUGCAAAUUCGUAUGAGAAAAUUUGUGCUCUUUAUGCUGGCGAAGGUUGGCAAGACCUUCUAGCCGAAGUACUUCCAAACUUGGCUGAAUGUCAGAAGAUGCUCAAUGAUGAAGCGGGCUAUUUGCAAUCUUGUGUAAGACUACUGUCUCUGGAUAAAAGCCUCUUUUCCACUAAAGAAAGACAAGCUUUUCAGUCAGAAGUCAUUCGCCUUGCCCACAGUGAAAUGAAGCACCCAGUACCUCUCGACGUGUCAUCUUUAAUUACUUUUUCUGGAAACCCUGGACCACCACUUCAGUUAUGCGAUGGUGAUCCUGGUACUUUGUUAGUGAUUGUGUGGAGUGGCUUUCCUGAUGACAUAAUUCUCGAGUCACUGAGUCUUACUCUCAUGGAAACCCACAAUGCUGAUGAAGGUGCUAAGGCUUCAAGUAUCUCUGUGACGACCAUAUUGAAGCCUGGAAAGAAUACUAUUACACUUACCCUGCCACCGCAGAAACCAGGUUCAUAUGUCCUGGGAGUCCUUACUGGACAGAUUGGGCAUUUGAGUUUUAGAUCUCAUAGUUUCUCCAAAGGUGCUCCUUCAGACAGUGAUGAUCUUAUUAGUUAUGAGAAGCCGAGCAGACCUAUCUUGAAGGUGUUCAAACCCAGGGCUUUGGUUGAUCUAACUCCCGCUGUUUCUUCCCCACUAUUAAUAAAUGAAGUACAGUGGGUUGGCAUAAUAGUAAAACCAAUUGAUUACCCUCUUAAAGGUGGUGUCUUGCACAUUGACACUGGUCCAGGUUUAGAAGUUGAAGAGUCUCAUGUUAUUGAGAUGGAUAGUCCUACAACUUCUCAUAAAAGCAUAGCUGAUGUGGGAGACUGCGAACCUGGGAACCUAGACUCUUCUUCUCAUAUCAGAGAAGUGACGCAAUUAAACCUGCAAGAUGGCAAGAUUUUGUUGCCAGAUUGGGCAAGUGAUCGAACUUCGGUCUUAUGGAUUCCUGUUCGUGCUGUAAGUGAUGGAAUCACUAGAGCUGCAUCUCAGAGACUUAGCAUUGUGGAUAUGAUGAGGACAAUAGCUCUAAAACUGGAAUUUGGAAUAUCCCACAACCAGACAUUUGAUAGGACUUUGGCUGUUCAUUUUACGGAUCCCUUUCAUAUCAGCACUCGUGUCAUUGACAAAUGUAAUGAUGGAACUUUGCUUCUUCAGGUUACACUACACUCACAAGUUAAGGCUACUCUGAGCAUUCAUGAUGCUUGGAUGAAUCUUCAAGAUGGAUUUGUCCACUCCUGUGAGAAUGAGGGGCGGCCAGCUUCUGCUUUCUUUCCUCUCACUGUUUCUCCAGCUUCAAAAGCUAGCAUGUUAUUCAGUAUAUGCUUUGGUUCCAUCAAUGUUCAAGGUGAAACUGAGGCAUCAAGGUCAGAAAGUAUACUAAAUAUUAGCUACAGAAUUAAUGGAGAUAGAACCAUGGGUGCCCAUAUGCCUAUUUUAGUUCAAUCUUCUGAGACAGAGAGUGUGCAGCAUGAUUUGAUCUUUAAGAGUGCUCUUAUCUUACAGAGACCUGUUCUUGACCCAUGUCUGGCAGUUGGCUUUCUCCCGUUUCCUUCAGAUGGCCUGAGGGUUGGCCAGCUUGUUACUGUCAAUUGGAGGGUUGAGAGGUUGAAAGAUGCAGAACAAAAUUCAGUUCCUCAAAGCAAUGAGGAAGUAUUAUAUGAAGUCGAUGCAAAUUCAGAAAACUGGAUGAUCGCUGGAAGGAAACGGGGACAUGUUUCUCUAUCCACCAAGCAAGGUUCAAGAAUUGUGAUUUCAGUCAUGUGUGUACCUUUGGUGGCUGGUUAUGUACGCCCUCCGCAUCUGGGGUUGCCAAAUAUUGAAGAGGCAAACAUAAGUUGUAAUCCACCAGCGCCUCAUUUGGUUUGUGUCCUGCCUCCUGUUCUAAGUUCUUCGUACUGUAUACCAGCCUAACUAUUCAGACACGGUGAUCUUGUAUAACGAGUUGAUUUUUGUAGUUUAUGUCAUAGAAUGUACCAGCUUGUAAUUCUUUAUAGCAUUAGAAAAUUUUCAGCAUUAACUAUUGAGUCUGUACAAUCUGUAAUUACCAACAAAACAUAGUAUGAUCGAAAUUUUUGUAACUCAUGUUUUAGUUGGUGUAGAAGUUUGCGGCAUUUUUGUGUGAUGAGUUCAGGAGUAUUAACCAUCACCAUUCACCAAUGUCAGAAUAUGAGAACUAUUUUUCUGUUGCUCUUUGUUGAUUGUUGCAUUAGAACUGUGAUGGUUCUGAGUUGUGACCAUUGUGCUAAUGAAAGUAACAAUUAUAUAUUA